CCCUCAACCCUCAUCAUUGUUUGUUUCAACUUCUGUUCGACACUUUCAAAAUCCUUUGUGAUUGACUCUCAAGCUCCGGCUAUCACUCCCUUAUGCUCUCGUCGGCUCUCUUCCGGACAGGGCAAAUUCUCAAGGGUAGAGCUGGGGCAUACACUAUAACGAAACAGGUCCAGGAGACUGUUUGGUUUGUAAAGACCCAUCGGGCACAGGAGACUGUAGUCAUCAAAAGCGUCCAAGGUCAUCCAAGGGUAGAGAACGAGCGGGACGUGCUCAAACGGCUCCAGCAUCGUACUCCCUUCCUUCGGCCACUUGUUGAUGAAAUUGAGGAUCUCUCUACUACAACUAUCGCUCUAAAAUAUCUUCAAAGCGAUCUUCUCAAGGAAACUGUUCGACAAACCUUGAACCGGGAGGAGCUCAAGCAUGUUUGCCGUUCCAUUCUAGAAGCGCUGAAGGUUAUUCACGAACAAGGUCUCGUACAUACAGAUGUCAAGCUUGACAACGUUUUUGUCAACUUACAGGAAGAUAUUGACCGAUUCUCAGAGGUCCAACUUGGAGAUCUCGGUGGAUGUUACUCUGUAACUUCAGACUGGGCUACCUCAGGAACACUAGUUGGAACACCGAUGUGGUCAAGUCCAGAGGUCCUUAUGGAGAUGCCAUGGAAUACAGCUGCAGACAUCUGGUCAUUCGGGACUUUACUUAUAAGCUUGAUAUAUGGGGGAGACUUCCACUUGUUUCGACCAAAUGUAGACCGAGACCAUGAAGAAUACAUAUUAGGUGUUGUGAUGGAACAACUCCGCUGCUUUGGUCCUUUCCCUGAAAAGAUCCACGACAUCGCGAGCCCAGAAACUUUUCAAUCAAUCAUAUGGUUGAGUCAGCAACUGCCAGCAGAGAAGCGGACUCCAUUUGACUUGGUAACAGAGAGAGAAGUUAUGAAGAAGGACAAAGACUUUAUUGGGAAAAUCAUGAAGCUUGACUGGAGAGAUCGGCCAACGGCAAAGGAAUUACUGGAGGAUAAGUGGUGGCAUGAUGAAUAGAGCGUGGUGGCAUGAGAACACUCAGCUAUUUGUACGUAAGCGUAUCACCACUUAUUUCGUUUAGGCUGAAACUGGAUUGAGACUCUGCAG